UUUGUUUAUUGCGCCGGCUGUUAAUUAAUUUAUAGUUUAUUUAAAUAUGCGUUGGAUUUACGCUUGCUUUGUGAUUGUACUGUGCGCGCUUAUCUUUUGCGAAUAUGUUGCCGAUUUUGUGGUACUGCAAAAAUGCAAAUGGCCAGAGAUCCGGCGCAAGAAAUAUGUGGAUGAUCCGUUGCGAGCCAUGGUCAUAGCCGAUCCCCAUUUGCUUGGCCCACAUCGCGGGCACUGGCUGGACAAGCUUUACCGCGAAUGGCACAUGACACGCUCCUUUCAGGCAGCCUCUAGGCUGCUGCAGCCGGACGUCGUCUUUGUCCUUGGUGAUCUGUUCGACGAGGGCGACAUGGUUAGCGAUAAGCAAUUCCAGGAGUACGUUUGGCGUUAUCUACAGAUGUUUAAUCUACCUGCGGGCAUACCGCUUAUCAGUGUGGUCGGCAAUCAUGACGUCGGCUUCCACUACAAAAUGCAUCCAUUCUUUAUGACGCGCUUCGAAAACUAUCUCAACUACUCCAAGGUGCAUUUGUACACCAUCAAGCAAAUACACUUUGUGGUUAUCAACUCGAUGGCCAUGGAGGCAGACGGCUGCAUGUUCUGCACGGAGGCGGAGUCGGCGCUAAAGAAUAUAUCGAGCACGCUGCACUGCAUGCAGCAGCCGCAUGUGGCGGAAUGCGCGCGUACUCGCCGCCAUCCAUAUAGUCAGCCCAUAAUUAUGCAACACUUUCCCACAUAUCGCAUAUCGGACAAGGUGUGCCGGGAGCACGAUGCGCCACACAUAGAAGCGUUUCGCGAGCGCUAUCAUGUGCUCUCCAAGGACGCCACAGACAUGCUGGGCGAGCUGCUGAAGCCGCGUUUGGCCUUUGCCGGGCACUCGCAUUACUUCUGUCACAACAUCAAUCGCUUGGGCAUUGAUGAGUACACGGUGGCCUCGUUCAGCUGGCGCAACAAUGUCAAUCCCAGUUUUAUGCUGGCUACAAUUACGCCGGAUGACUAUGCGGUGUUCAGGUGCAAAAUGUUGCCGCAGCAGUUUGUCUACAACAGCUAUGUGAGCGCAGGCGUUGCAUGCCUUGUGCUAAUUGCCUUCCAGCUGCGAAAGUAUUUGAGCAGCAGGGGACAGGCGAUGGAGGAGAUGUCGCAACAGAAGAAACAACCUUAACUGGAGUACGUAGUACGAAGUAUUCAUCAUUUUGUGAUUCAUGGCCAAAUUAGGGGCUUAAUUUAACUAAUUUAGGUAGCAUAAUAUGCUAGGAUAUGCGCUUUUGCUCACAAAAUAAUUGCAAUAAACAUUUUUCAUAUCAAUA